UGCCUCCCCGGGGAGGCGGCGGCGGCGGCGGCAUGGCCCGGGCCGGCGGGACAGCGGCGGGGCCGCGGCGCCGGGUGCUGGUGCUGAUGGUGCUGGUGGCAGCGGCGGGGCGGCGGGGCCGGGGGGCCGCGGGGGGGUCACGGCGGCGGACAGCGGGCACCCCGAGCUCCCCCGGACCCUCCGGGCCCCCCGCCCGCCCGCUUCUGCUGCUGCUGCCGCUGCCGCCGUCGCCGCUGCCGCCGCCGCCGCCACCCCGCGUCGCGCCCGCCGCCGCCGCCCGCCCGGAGGCUCUGCCCCGGGGGGGGCUGCCCAUGAAGGAGGAGCCGCUGACCGCCGGGCUGCCCUCCGUCCGCUGGCUGCAGGGCACCGGCAUCCUGGAUGCCAGCACGGCGGCACAGAGCGGGGUGGGCCUGGCCCGAGCCCACUUUGAGAAGCAGCCCCCCUCCAACCUGCGGAAAUCCAACUUCUUCCACUUUGUGCUGGCCAUGUACGACCGGCAGGGCCAGCCCGUGGAGAUCGAGCGCACCUCCUUCAUCGACUUCGUGGAGAAGGAGCGGGAGCAGAACGGAGAGAAAACCAACAAUGGCAUCCACUACCGGCUCCAGCUGCUCUACAGCAAUGGGCUCCGGACUGAGCAGGACCUCUACGUCCGACUCAUCGACUCCAUGUCCAAGCAGGCCAUCAUCUACGAGGGGCAGGACAAGAACCCAGAGAUGUGCCGAGUCCUCCUCACCCACGAGAUCAUGUGCAGCCGCUGCUGUGACAAGAAGAGCUGCGGGAACCGCAACGAGACCCCCUCGGAUCCCGUCAUCAUCGACAGGUUCUUCCUCAAGUUCUUCCUCAAGUGCAACCAGAACUGCCUGAAGAACGCAGGCAACCCCCGGGACAUGCGGCGCUUCCAGGUGGUGGUGUCGACGACGGUGAGCGUGGAGGGGCACGUCCUGGCAGUCUCUGACAAUAUGUUUGUCCACAACAACUCCAAGCACGGGCGGCGGGCACGGCGCCUCGACCCCUCCGAAGCAGCCACCCCCUGCAUCAAAGCCAUCAGCCCCAGCGAGGGCUGGACCACCGGCGGCGCCACCGUCAUUGUCAUCGGCGACAACUUUUUCGACGGGCUGCAAGUCGUCUUCGGCACCAUGCUGGUGUGGAGCGAGCUCAUCACGCCUCACGCCAUCCGGGUGCAGACCCCCCCGCGGCACAUCCCCGGCGUGGUGGAGGUGACUUUGUCCUACAAGUCCAAGCAGUUCUGCAAAGGUGCUCCUGGACGCUUCGUCUACACCGCACUGAACGAGCCCACCAUUGACUACGGGUUCCAGCGGCUGCAGAAGGUCAUCCCCCGGCACCCCGGGGACCCCGAGCGCCUGCCCAAGGAGGUGCUGCUGAAGCGUGCAGCUGACCUGGUGGAGGCUCUGUAUGGGAUGCCACACAGCAACCAGGACCUCAUCCUGAAGCGGGCGGCAGACAUCGCCGAGGCUCUGUACAGUGUGCCCCGCACCCCGGGCCAGCUCUCCUCGCUGGCGGGCACCCACGGCCCCGCCGCCGUCAUGGGGGUGAACUCCUUUGGCACCCAGCUGGCCGUCAACAUCGGCGACUCCCCGCAGGGCGCCGAGCAAGGUGGGCCCGGGGCCGCGCCGCGGGGCGGCGGGAGGGGGUCCCUGCCCUCCCCGUGCCACCCCCGGCCCCUCUCGCCCGCAGGUUUCUCGCGGAACACGGGCAGCGUCUCGCCGAGGGGCUACGUGCCCAGCUCCACGCCACAGCAGAGCGGCUACGGCGGCGCCGCCGGCAUCGGCGGCUAUGGUGGUGGCACCAUGGCUGGCCUGGGGGUGCCCGGCUCCCCCAGCUUCCUCAACGGCUCCACGGCCAACUCGCCCUACGCCAUCGUGCCCGCCAGCCCCCCACUCGGCGCCUCCUCCAUCACCCUCCCGUCGGGCACCAACGCUUCCACCCCCACCGGGGUCUUCUCCUUCUCCCCGGUCAACAUGAUCUCGGCGGUGAAGCAGAAGAGCGCCUUCGCCCCCGUGGUGCGGCCACAGCCCUCCCCGCCGCCCGCCUGUGCCAGCACCAGUGCCAGCAGCCUGCAAGAUCCGGCUUUCGAGGACUCGGACAAGUUCCACACGCCGGCGCGGCCGCUGCAGGGGUUGGCCUAUUCCUAAGCACACCAUGCCCAGCCGCCUCAUGCCACCCACGUGAGCCAGGACAGCGCCGGAGCCGUGACACGGAGCAGGACUGAGCGUGGCCUGGCAGCGUGGCCCCUCUGACCUGCUCCCCGGGGCUCCCCUUGGGAUCGGGGCACGGGGGGCUGUGGGACCCACCCCCUUCUGCCCUGCAGCCACCCCAGCUUGGUGACCCUGGCCAUGGCCAGCACCAGCCUGGCUUGGCAUGGCACAGCUUGGCUGGGUGGGUAGCACUCCUGGGGCCAGAGGGGCCCUAGGGGUAGCCUCCAGGAGUGACCUGAGCGCUCUGGGUUUGGCCCCGGAAAGACACAGAGAGACCCAGGGGAGUGUGGGGCAGCUGUGGGCAGGAUGGUCCAGGGUGGGAGGGAUGGAUGCUCUGGGGCAGGAGAGAUGUGCCAAGGUGGCAUGGAUGCUCUGGGGCAGGAUGGAAGCUCUGGGGUGUGAGGGA